GACGGGUUUCAAUUGCCACAGGUGAUGCACCCAGCGUUGUGGUGGCACCUUCACGGCAGGGGUGCUCCGAAGUUGCAAGCGAUAGCGAAGGCCGUGCUUGGCAUGUGGUCCACCACGUCUCCAUGCGAGCGCAACUGGGCUACACACGACUUCGUUCACACAAAGAGGCGCAACAGGCUUACUUCGGAGAGCGUGGAGAAACUGGUUUUCAUCCACUGGAACUUGCAGCUUCUUAGCGCGAGCCGAAAGCCAGAAGGACGGUACAUCGAUAUAUGGGCAGACCAGUUGGAGGAUCCACCUGUGGGGGUUGACGAUGGUGAUGUUGUGCCCGAUGAUGUAGACAUGGACAAGUGGGAGGCUGCAGCUCGAGCCAACCGCCACAAGGAGGGCAGAGAUCGCAUAGGAGCAGAGCGGGGCCUGGAGGACGAGGAGGCAGACAUGUCCCUUUGGCAGGAUGAUGCCUGGAUGCACCGGGAGAUGAUGGAGCAGGCCCAGGCAGAGAGGAACAAAGGGAAGACAAUUGUGGAGGAUCAGCAUGACGUCUUCGACGAGUGGGCGACCCUCAACCCCCAUGGUGACCUCGACACUUACGUGGACGGUAGUUUCAAUUCCGUCAGGACUUUACGAGAGAGGGUGGGGGGGCACGUGGACUUGGAGGCGCUGCUACAGAGAGAUGAUGAUGUGGAGGAGAGGGAACGCUUUUACGAGGAGAUUCCCAUGGCCGAGGAGGGUGCACAACCACUGGCCGACCAGAGGGCGGAGCAGUUAGUGCGGGAGAGUAUGGCGGCCAUAGUUGAGCAGAGGGCGAAGCAGAGGGUGCAGUCGUCUGCAGAUUGUAGAGUGUCCUUGAGGGUAGAGCAUAGGGUGGAUUACAGGAUUGAGAGGAGGGUGGACAUGACCGUGCACCAGGUGGUUGAGCAAACGACGUCAGACAGACCACGCUUUAGGGUGGAUGACAAGAUGGGUGAGAGUGUGGUGCAGGAUCGGGGUGGCAUGACUCAAGGCUCUUUCUAUGGGAUCCCACCACUUCCCACGCUUCCCGCACGAGUGCUCGACGACUUGGAUCCACAGACACGUAGUGUGCGGACACCGUCCCGCCCCAUUGUUGUUGACAGUGGGUCCACAGGAGUUGGGGGCGUAGUUGACUCAUACUCUACUCGUGGUAGACCCGGGCAGCCUCCACCAUCUCAAGACGUGCACACAUUGCAUGCAUCGAGAGCAGCCUCCUCGUCGUUUGUCCAAAGAUGUACGAGGAUGCGGUCGUCUUCGACAAGUCACACCCUUGCGAGUAGUCCAUUAGGCAUACCCCUGCUUCCUCCACGGCGACCAGGUGCUAUCAUGGAUAAUGUAAAGACAAGUCGUGCCAACAGGAAGAGAAAACUGAGCGAGGAUGACGGUGCCACAACUCCUGUUACCAAAAAGAAAGCAGUGGGUCCACAAGGGGGCGCUACUCAUGGUGUACGUACCCAUUCUCGAGUCGCCGAAGACAGCACAUCGAAACACUCUUCUCGCAUCGUAGACGAUGAUCCUGAUGAGGAGAAUGAUGCACUUUCAUCAGAUGGUAUGUCUGACAGUGAUUAUGAAGAGGAGACACGUCUGAGGGGUGUAGAUGAGGUCGUCUCUUAUGACACCUUAGAGAGCGCAGAUGACGCCGCAGAGUAGCAAGACGAGGGUCGCUGAUGAUGAAUGGAUGUGAGUGCGUGCGUUGUCUUUGGGGUAGGUCUGGUGUGGUGAAUGCUAGUGCUCAUCUGAUUGCUUGACGGU